CGCCGCCUCCGUCUCAGUCACGGUGGUUUUUCCACCACCACCAUCGCCGCCGCCGCCGCCUCCUCCUUCCUUCCUCCUCCUCUGUCUCCGCAGUGAGGUCACGGGUGGGCGGCGCGUCAGCGGCUUCUGCUCCUCUGUCGGGGGCAGCCCGGCUGUGAGGUAUGGACGGUGAAGCGGGGGAAAGGACGCUCGCUUCCCUCGGAGGAAGAUUUUGUGAAAGGAUGAACCCAAGAAAUCAAUUUUGCUGAUGGCUGGGAGCUUAUUUUCAUUAUUUGCAAUGGUCGCCUUUAUACAUAUAGUCACAACCAGCAAUCUAGGAUCAACUUCCAGUCGAGUGUUUAUUGGUGAAUUAAUACUGAGACUGAUGGAACUGGAAAACUUUGUUGGACACUAAAUCCAAAACCUUAUCUAUGAUAGUGCGAAUAACAAGAUUGAUACAUACAGCUCCAGUCCCUCUAACUUAUAAAAGUGUAGGUUUGAAAGCAGCGCAUCUCAGACUGUGAGAACUUCUGUGUUCUGAUCGAAGAGCCUGUAGACAUUGAAAUCUCAUUCAAAGCUUAACUUUGUACUAAAUCACAGUUUUCUAUUGGAUCAAAAUCACUGGAUCAAUUGCAAGACCAGUGACUUGAAGAUUUGAGGAAAACAUUUUUAUAUGUGCAUUGGGUUGUUCAUUUUAUAUUUAGUUAAUUAGAGAAAAAGUAUUUUUGAAUGACAUAUUUCUAGGUGAUUCCUUAGCUUCAAAGGCUGUGAUUUUAAAUGCAAAGUGUUGAACUUUGCAUUUUCCUCCUUUGGUGUCUUAUUUAAUUAAAAGCAGCCAUACUGGUUGAGCAGCUGAGACAACCAGGAAUUGAGAUUUGAAAGACCUGCCAGUGAUCAAACCUCAGAGUCACCUAUCUAAAGUUUAGCUAUGGAAGCUCCACAGACAAACUUUCCCCAUGGUUGUCAGCCAAAGCAGAAGGGGUCUGCAGCAGAAGAAGAGGACAGUCCUCCAGCAAAAAAAGCUAUGACAGAAAUGCAUGUAAAACAAAUACAAACUGUGGUAAAUAAAUUGUCAACAAUAAAGAAGGAACAGUUGGAUGAAUGUGAAGAAAACUUUAUGGAGGACAGAGAGGAAGAUGCCAAACCGAACACUGCUGCAGCAUCUGAGCCCUUGAACUUAAAUCCAGGGCUGAAACAUACACUGGCACAAUUCCACUUAAGUAGCCAGAGUUCGCUGGGAGGACCAGCAGCAUUUUCUGCUCGCCAUUCUCAAGAAAGCACGUCUUCUGUCUUUGUACCUCUUCCAUCGCCCCAGAUCCUUCCUGGUCCACUGCUUGUUCCUUCCGACAGCUCUACAGAGCUGACACAGACUGUAUUGGAAGGGGAGUCUAUAUCUUGUUUUAAUGUUGGAGGGGAAAAGAGACUUUGCUUGCCUCAAGUGUUGAAUUCUGUGCUCCGUGACUUUUCUUUACAGCAAAUUAACACAGUGUGCGAUGAACUUUACAUCUAUUGCUCUAGGUGCACUUCAGACCAGCUUCACAUCUUAAAGGUUUUGGGAAUCCUUCCGUUUAAUGCCCCUUCUUGUGGGCUGAUCACACUGACUGAUGCUCAGAGACUAUGCAAUGCAUUGCUGCGCCCUCGCACUUUCCCUCAAAAUGGCAGCCUGCUUCACGCGAAGAAUUCACUGGCCCAGCUAAAAGAGACAGGUGGUGCCUUUGAAGUAGAGCACGAAUGCUUGGGAAAGUGUCAGGGUUUAUUUGCUCCACAGUUUUAUCUUCAGCCAGAUUCGCCAUGUAUCCAGUGUUUAGAGUGCUAUUCAAUGUUUUCUCCCCAAACAUUUGUGAUGCAUUCUCAUCGAGCUCCUGACAAGAGGACCUGCCACUGGGGCUUUGAAUCAGCUAAAUGGCAUUGCUAUCUUCAGAUUAACAAAAAAUAUUUAGGCAAGCCAGAAGAGAGAAAUAUGAAGCGUCUCUUGGAAGAAAUGAAAGAAAAAUUCAGCAUGAAAAAUCAGAAAAUAAUCCAGGCUAAAGCAGAUUCUCAGUAUAACCUAGAAUUUCAACAAUGGUAUCCAGUUGUAAAGCAGGAAGCAGAUUCCGUUAAUCAGCCGCACUCAUUCAUGCAGCCCAGCUACUACUUCUAUAUGUGUGAUAAAAUGGUUGCUCCCAAUGUGUCCCUUACCUCUUCUGUGCCACAAUGUAAAGAAGCUACUAAAACCGCAGAGAAGAUUUCAGAGGUAAUUAAAUCUCUACCGGGACAGUCAGUGAAGCAACACAGCGGUGGCAAACGUAAAAAAGCCAUUUUCUUUCAGGAUCUUUCUCUUGAAGUACAAGAGAAAGUUGAUUUGAAACUUAGUACAGAAGUGUGUGCUAAUUCAGAGCGGCCUGUAUCCAUUAAACCUGCAAGCAGAAGGAAAGCUGAACAGAUCUCUUCCAAAGUGACUACAGAAGACGUGGUGGAAGUAAUCAGCAAUGCACAAACUUCAUCUCAGACUCUUCCACGUGAUAUCGGCUGUGAUGAUGACAAAGGGAAGAUGAUGGAAGAUGUAAUGAAAACAUAUAUAAAACAGCAAGAAAAGCUUCAUACAAUUUUGCAAAAGAAGCAACAUCUUCAGAUGGAAGUAGAAAUGUUAAGUAGUUCAAAAGCCAUGAAGGAGUUAACAGAAGAGCAGCAGAAUUUGCAAAAAGAACUUGAAUCUUUGCAGACUGAGCAUGCUCAAAGAAUGCAAGAGUUUUAUGUUGAGCAAAGGGACUUGGAGAAGAAGUUAGAGCAGGUAAUAAAGCAAAAAUGUACCUGCGAUUCUAACUUGGAAAAGGACAAAGAAGCAGAAUAUGCAGCUCAGCUGGCAGAGCUAAGGCAGAGGCUGGAUCACGCUGAGGCCGAUCGACAGGAGCUUCAAGAUGAACUGAGACAGGAACGAGAAGCGAGGCAAAAGUUAGAGAUGAUGAUCAAGGAAUUAAAACUUCAGAUCCAGAAGUCUUCAAAAAACGGCAAAGGGAAAUGAAAGUGCCAACAGAAAUGUAUCUGCACUUUCUCAGCAGGGCUAAUAAAUGACCUGCCAAGGGGAAGUCAAGCCAUGGAUCAGCGAAGGUAUUGGGACAAUCAUGGGGAACUUUUCCUAUGUGAGCAGAGCAUCAAUGGAGUAGGAGUUGUUGCAAUUCCCAAUCAUUUCAAUGACGUUUUGCACGAGAGAAGUUCCCAGUAGAUUGUGUCCGAUUUAUGCAUAUAAAUCUGUAAUGAUACACCUUUGUAAAACUUCCAGACUGACAAAAUCUAUAUUUAUGUUGCUCCUUCUUUUUUUUAAAAAAAAUGGUUAUGAGCAGUGUUGAAACCACUGGUUGUAUCCAGCACUGCUAUUCUGCUCGCAAAGCAGACUUUCACUUGCACAGUGGAACUUCCUCUUCUUCUCUUCUCCCCUAUAACUCCCUGCACAUCCUCAAAUCAGCUCUUGUAGGUUGGGGAAGCUUCCAGAGCAGAUUUGGGGGGGGGGACAUGCAAGGAGAAGAGGAGGAAGCAUUGGAUACAACCCGUACUGUUUUACACUCCUCAGUGCAACUUUAUUUUACAAGCUGUUUUGAGGGCUCUAUAUACUUACUGAAUGCAACUUUGGUUUCUUUCAAAAUACGCAGGAUCCGCAUAUUUGCUUUCUAUUGCAUGCGGUUCAUUUUCAUAAAAUGGUUUUUAUAGUUCCAAGAAUCUAAAGCAGAAAGAAGAGAUUGUAGAGAAUUUGCUGCCAUGCAUUGCUCUAGCGUGAUACUUCAUUUUGAUUAUUAAAGCUGGAUAGAGAACUGGUAAUUAUUCAACAGCAAACAUUUUUCAAAAUGCAGAUUUUCACACAGUUAACUGUUCGUUAUUAACUGUUAAAAUGCCAAAUCUUUCAGUACCCUGCUGAAUGCUGUUAUGAAAAGGAGUUGCUGAAGUAGAAACUGAGAUAUUUUAUUUUCAAAGCUUCCUAUUCACUCUCAGCUUCUUUGGGUAACUCUUCAAGAAAUGAUGACAGAAAAUUUCACUUUUGAUAGAGUUCUUUGAGCAUUCCUGAACAAUUUGGGAAGUUUGAAAAUGUCAGCCUUAUUUUGUAGAGUGGCAAUUUUAACCCUCAGCUGAGUGGGUUACUUCAUUAGCAAUAAAGUUCUCAUUCCUAGAUUUUCUUUGAGCACAGAAAAGUGGGUGGUCUUGACAUUUUAAAAGUAUUUUAAAAGUUGAGGGGGAACAAAUGUAAUCUGUGACAUUGUGAAAGUGAUGCUCAUAAGGUUCAUUUAAAUGGCAAAGUAAAAUAGCUAUCAUUUGUAAACAACAUAGUUAUUAAACCUUUACUUCUUUUGAAAAAUGCUAAGAUCCUUAUUGGGACAUCUGACAUUUAGUGUGGUGAUAGGCUGGUGCCAGUAAUCAAGUAGUUCAGUUCCAGAGUUUUUUUCCAAUGGAAACCAAACAGAUAAAGUAUAUUAACAGAAGGGAAAGAAAUUGGUGGAUUUUUUUUUUUAUGUUUACAUAUAAACUUCAACUGACAAUUUUUGUUGGUGGUGGAAACCUGAGUACAGUUUGGGUUAUCCAGAGGGAAAGCCAGUUCUGUUAUAUAGAAGGUAAAAUAGAUUCGAUAGACAAAUGUCUAAUUGCUCAAAAGUAUUGUAUUGAAUGGCUUUUGGUGAAGAGAGGGGGGCGGGGAAAUCAUCUUCAAAACCUAGGCCUGUAUUCAGAUCAUUGAACAUAAAAAGCAAUGUGACCAAUAUAUCUCACAAAAAUUCUAGCUGCUUUGCCCUGUCCUAGCUAUAGGUGCUGCAUGCGACCGAGACCACAGAAAUGUGUGUGUGGGGGGGUAUGCAUUGCAUUGUGGAUUGGGACGGUGCCUUUGCACGAACAACCAGAUCCAGCUCACUGGGUGAGACAGACCUGCUGCUCUAGCUUUCCAGUAAGUGAGUUGCUGUUGCUUACUGGAAAUUGUUGGAGAUGUCAGAUCAUGGCAAGCACACAUACAGGAUAGCUGGAUUUGCACCCCAACCUCCCUACCACAUCCCCUACUCCCUCCCGGUAAACAGCACCCCCACCUGAUAGGAAUCGAACAUAGUGGCUCUUUCUCACUUGACAAGCCACUUCUGCAAAUGACAACUGCAGAUAGUGAUGUCCAUCUCUGUGUGCAUCCCCAUCUGAUCUGCAUGUUGUGGUGGCCUGCUACAUGUGUGGACCCAGAGCAUUUAUGUUUUAUUUUUUAAAAAAUAUACGGUACACUCUUUAUGUAGGGACCAUUAAAAAUACCAUUUCCAGUUAUGUUUCCCUGGCCUGGGCUUUUUUGGGGAGUAAGGGUAGGAUAGAAAUUGAAUAAUAAAAUAAAUUCUUUUUUUCAGCUGUUCAGCUCACCUGAGUGAUCAUAACAAUCCAAAUUAACAAAAAGGAAACCAAUGGCAUCAUAAAACGAUACUAUAACACACAUAGCAAAAAGCAGGUGACAAUAUAAAACGAAACAGACUAAAUGCCGGGCAAAAUAAAAUGUAUAAGUGCAUUUCUGGAUUUAAGGGUACAAGAUCUGUGCAGUCUCUCUCCUUUGAUAAGUCCACAAAUCAGGAGUCAGGCUGUCUUAAAGGUCAGUUCCAUAUAAAGCAAAUUACAGCAGUUCCGUGAACAUGUUACCAGGGCAUGCGAAGCAAAUUAUAGCAGUUCCGUGAACAUGUUACCAGGGCAUGCGAAACAAUAGCAAGGACCUUGCUACCCAGAAAGUAAUGCAGCUGUUGCACAAACCGAAGCUGGUACAGCACAUUUCUGGCCACAUAAAAAUAAAAAUCCGGAAGGACCCCCUGUAUCCAGGAACGUGGAAACUUUAUAUCAAUUUUUUAAAAUUCAAAUUUAUAUUUAACUUCGAGGGGAAGUAUGAUUGUCUUAAAACAGGUAAAUCAACCUCUCAACAAAAACAGAUCCAUCUUAGCUGGAUUGAAUUUGUACAUCCAGUGUCUAUAAAUAGGCCUUAACCAUUAUACCUUCACCUGCUGCAAAGGAAAAUAGGACUGAGUGCCAUUGUUCAUAAGGUAACACCCCAUGUUCUUGGACAAUUUGCCCAGCAGUUGAAUGUUAAAUAACACUGGGAUUGGAAAACACAGCUGCCAAGUUUGUGGGUGAAACAAUUGUGUGCUUACAUCCCAAGCAGUCAGCUUGUGCAUCACCACAAAGCUUUUUUUUUUUUAAAUGGUUGGUUGGAGCUGAACCUAGUAGAAAACAAAGUCUUGGGAUUGGAUGUUGCUGCCUAAAAUGUAUAUCUUAAGCAGCUCAAAAUGCCAAAUGCUGUCUCUGCCCGCGUUUAACUGUUCACCUCAUAGUCCUUCUAACUCUAACAUGUAAUAUGUUUUGCAUGCCUUUAUUUGCUAUUUCAAUAAUAGUGCAGUACUACUGAAGAAAUAGCUAAAUUUUAAUGAGAAAUAUUAUGCUCACAUUUUUGGGUGUUUUGCAUCCUUAAAUAUUAUUGCAGUAGAAUAUACCAAUUUCAAUAUUUUAUUUUGCCAGAAUAAAUUAUGAUUGUGUUCAUUUUCAUUUUCAAUGCAGGCAAGCAUAUUCCACUAUUGGUCUUAACAGGUUAUUUGUUCAUAUACAGUGGUACCUCUACUUACGAAUUUAAUGCGUUCCGAACGCACAUUCGUAAGUAGAAAAAAUUUGUAUGCAUUGGGAGAAAAAAUUCGUAAGUCGAAGCAACCCUAUCUAAAAAUUCGUAAGUAGAAAAAAUCCUAUCUAAACUGCAUCCAAGAUGCGGACGGAUCUCCAUUCGUAAGUAGAAACAUUCGUAAGUAGAGUUAUUCAUAAGUAGAGGUACCACUGUAUUUUACUAGUUCAAGUACAACAUGCUUGUGAAUUAUUUUUUUGCAUGCCAAAGUAUUCAGCCACCACUGAACUUUUGGCACAAUCCUUCCUGAAUGUUAUUGCAAUGUAAUGCCUUCCUUCUUUCUGCCCAAAUUUUCCACUGUUGGCUAUGGAGAAGCAGUUUUAUAGAACGAAUGAAGUCACAAUUUGUUAUCAUGUUUCUAUUUAUAAAGGGUGUGGUAACUAAAAUGCGAAGAUCAGCAAUGUUUGUCCUAAAUGUUCCUAUAGUUGCAACACUUACCGGAGAUGAACAUGUGGCAAUUUUGACUAUAUUUUAGAUGUUUUCGUAGUAGUAAUAAUUUGUUGACGUGUGUGUGUGUGAGUGAGAGAGUGCCACUUUCGGGUUUGUUUAAUGUCUCUGAAAAUUUGUAAAACCAAAUGACACACCAACUUAUAAUCAAAGAAAUCAUAAUUGUAACCCUUAAAUUGAACAGUUAAUUUCAGCCUCCUUUACAUAAGACUUCCCUAGAUGUUAAGUAAUUAAUACAUAGAAGUGUGCCAUAGGUGUCCAUAGCCACCAAGAGAUAGUUUUCUAGGAAAUUGUAAAUAGUCUAUGUUUUACAGCAGCUAGUUUCUUACGUUUAUCUCUUAACAUGACGUACCUAAUGGGUGAUUUACUCCAUGCCUAUAUAGCUUGAAUUGCAUACAAGGCUUUACCCAUUUACAGAGACCUAUGACAAAUUUUUCUGUAAAUUCGAAUUUGCUCUUUUAGACUUAGCAUGCUCAUUCUGUAUUUUAAUAAUUAUUGAAGGCUUUUCUUUAAAAGUCAUCCCUGCAUUGGCCUUUUAGAUAGGUUUGUUUCCAAUUUGUCUUAUCCAUUAAUGUUUCUGAAAAGCACUAAAAACAAUACCAUUAGAAGCAAGGUUGCCAAGAAUACUUUUAUAGAAAAAAUCUGCUUCUUGGUAUCCCUGCUUUUAAAAAACCAAAUAGUGCAGGGUGCAAUAAACUCUGCGGGAAAUGUUAGGGAGCGAAGUAUCUUACCAUUGUGGUAGCCCUAAACUUUCAUCUGCACUUGAAGACACAAGCCCUUUGACAUUAGAUCAAAAAGCUUUAGCAAAGUGUGUUCAGACAAAAUGUUUUUUCUUUUCAGUAUGUCUUAUAUCACUUAGCUUGAGUAUUUGAGGUAAACAUGGUAGUUAUGGGGUAUAUUUUGCAUUCUUGGAUUAAUUUUAUUAUAUAUUUAAUAUAUUGAUACCUGUAAAAUCAUUUGUACAUAGUUAAGGUAUUGUAAUGCAACGCCUGCAGUAGACUAGGCUGUGGGGACCGCCGAGUACUAUGAAGCCGUUUUGCCUACUCGCUGCUGCUUAGUUCCACAUUCUUGGAGCCUCUUCAGACCUGUACUUCCACUUUUCCCUUAGCUUCCGUUUGAAAGGGCAGAAUUUGCCGUAAAAACAGCUGCGUGAAUGGCUGACUGGUGUACCUUGGAGGCAUUUUCAUAGGGCUAUGUAGCUGACCUCAAAACACUUUCUAAGUCAGCUCCCUAUGCUAAAGUUCAUUUGAUCUUAGAAAAGCAUAACUUUUUUAUACACAGGAGAACGCAGAUAAAUAUAUACCAUUAACAUGUUUUUAAACCCUGAUACAGUAAUAUAAUGUAACAAAAUACUUAAAAUCUCUUGUAAUCCUAUGCUUGAAAUAUUUAUGCUGCAGCUGUAAAAUAUCUCUGUCCAGGAACGGGCAGCUUGAUCUCUUCGUUAUACUUUCUCUGCAACGUUUUCGUCCAUUACAUCUGUGGUAAUGUGAGGCAGUCCAUAAUUCCUGUCCUGGAAAUCUUUUGAUAUUUUUGUUGUUGCAGAUGCUCUCUAUUAUAAAAGCAAAAGUCACACAUUAAACAGAUUGCACAACUUUUUUUUUUUUGUAAACCCACAAUAUAGAGGAUACUUUGAAUUCUCUGGUGCUCUGAAAUAUUCAAGCACAGUGAAACAAGUUCUUAUUUCCCCCCAAAUGAAUAUCCUGAUAAAUAUAGCAAUCCAUUACAUUCUUUCAAAUACCUCACCUUAAAGAGAAAGGAAGCACAGUUGUAAUGUAUCUAAAUCAUUCUAGUGAAUCCACACAAAUUAUUGGUUUCUAAAUGUCCGGGUGCAGCUGUGUUGCCUUCCAGAAUAAGCAAGUCUAUGACAAACUUCUAUUUUGUAUGUGUUCAUGAUGCUUUUGAAAGUAUUUAUUGAUGUUGAUACCUUAAUAUAAUUCCACAAUCUAGAGCAGCAUGUGACCACCUUCUGUUUGCUCAGCAGGACCUUCGGUAUUUACCUGGACCACCAGUUUAUCAUGCCCAUACAGAAAAUCAUUUUUGAAGUUUAAAAAUUAGUUUGCAAUAUGUCCUAUGGUUUGCUGUUCAUAUAUUUCAUAUAUGGUUUGCUGUCCAGCUGGGCAUAUACAAAAGUCAUUGGACAGACAUAAAGUACCAUUCUGGAUUGCGGCAAGAUCUUUAAAGAAAAUAGUUUAUCAUUUAUAGACUUAAUAGGUCCUGCAAAACAUUCAAGGCAACAGGUGGAAUUACUGGAGUUUAAAAAAAUCAAAAGUUUUUUAAAAAGGUUGGUGCAUACCAAUAAUUUUUGACAUUUUGCCAAUGAUGUACAGUUCUAUGGUUGGAGUUGCUGUAAUUGCAUUACAUGACACACAAAACUGGCCUCUACCUCAUGUGAUACAAAAACAGAUAUUUUGUAUGGUUUUAGUAAAACAAGAUGCAUUUAUCUGGUCACUUAGUUUACAAAUUUUGAAUUCUAUUUAUUGAAACAUGACAUACUGUGCUCUUAGCUUAUACCUCAAUUGUAUUUUGUGCAGUUUUCCAUUUUUCAUGCAUUGUAAAUACCCUGUAUAGAUUGUGGAUCCACAUACAAAUAAAAACAAUUCUAAUGUCAAGCA